AAAACAGGGAGCUAUAUAGGACGACGAACUCAGGCGGCCUCUCUCAUUGCUGGCCAUGGAGCGCCUGAUGAUCUUUGGCUUUCUGCUCUCAGCUGCCUUCGGUGAGCAGCUCUUUGUUGGAGACCAGGUUCUCCGCAUCAGAGCAGACGAUGAAGAGCAGAUACACUUGUUGAGGGAGCUGGAAGAAAGGGAAGACUUACAGAUUGACUACUGGCUUGGCCCGGCUAAGCCCAGCCUCCCGGUGGAUAUGAGAGUCCCUUUCCAGAGCCUUCAGGCUGUCAAGGUCUUCUUGGAGUCCGAGGGGAUUCCCUAUACCAUCAUGAUAGAAGAUCUACAGGAUUUGCUGGAUAAGGAAAAUGAGAUCAUGUUGCUGUCCAGGAAAUCUGAGCGGAGCUUGGGGAAAUUCAGCUUCUCCUCCUACCACACCAUUGAAGAGAUCUACAGCUGGAUGGAUGAAUUUGUGGCUGAAAACCCAAACUUGGUCAGCAAACUCCAGAUUGGACAAAGCUAUGAAGGACGACCAAUCUACGUUCUCAAGUUCAGCACAGGAGGCGACAAGCGCCCCGCCAUUUGGAUCGACACCGGCAUUCACUCCCGAGAGUGGAUCACCCAAGCGACGGGUCUGUGGACAGCUAACAAGAUAGUCAGCGAAUUUGGCAAAGAUGCCUCAUUAACUGCGGUCCUAGACACCAUGGACAUCUUUUUGGAGAUCGUCACUAAUCCAGAUGGGUUUGCUUACACUCACAGCACGAAUCGCAUGUGGCGAAAGACGAGGUCCAUCAACGCUGGAUCUUCUUGCGUUGGUGUGGAUCCCAACCGGAACUGGGAUGCCGGCUUUGGAGGGCCUGGAGCCAGCAGCAAUCCUUGUGCAGAAACAUACCAUGGGCUCUUCCCUCACUCGGAGAGCGAAGUGAAAUCCAUCGUGGACUUCAUCCUAGGCCACGGGAACGUGAAAUCCGUGCUCUCCAUCCACAGCUAUUCCCAGAUGCUGAUGUUCCCCUAUGGCUACAAGCCACAGCGCCCUGACCAUCAGGAACUGAAUGAAUUGGCUCGAGAGGCUGUUUCAGCCUUGGCGGACGUCCACGGCACGGCAUACACGUUCGGAAGCACCAUCGACACGAUCUAUCAAGCCGAUGGGACAACCAUUGACUGGAGCUACGAAAACGGAGUCAAAUAUUCCUACACAUUUGAGCUGAGGGACACGGGCCGCUACGGUUUCGUUCUGCCCGCCAAUCAGAUCAUCCCAACGGCAGAAGAAACCUGGGUGGCACUCAUGAAGAUCAUGGAACACGUCCGCGACCAUUCUUCUUAACCAAAUGGGGUCAUGGUGGGGGAAAGGGGUACCUUCUGCACCUGAGGCCAUUCCCUGAGAUGAGUAGCAUUCUACGGGAACUAUAGUAAAGAGUCCAGUAGCACCUUUAAGACGAACCAACUUUAUUGUAGCAUAAGCUUUCGAGAACCACAGCUCUCUUUGUCAGAUGCA